AUGGCAGCCCCUCACCGCAGCUUGCCGCUGCCGCCGGCAGCAGCGUUGGCCAUGUACCAACAGCCCCUGCCACCACCACCGCCGCCGACCCUGCCGCCACCACCUCUUCCUAAACAGCCUGGCAAGAAGAAGCCCAAGACCACUAAAUCCAAAGGCACAGUGAAACGGUCGUCGUCCGAGGUAUCGGUGCCUCCUACUCCGCCGCCGUGGCCCGUCGCGGACAACCGCCCGAGACCCGGGCCGAACCCAGCGGUCAUUCUCUCCGUCGCCUUCGUGGUCAUCGUCGCUUUGGCGGUUGCCGCCUUCUUCCAGGUCCGUCAGCGCGUGGAGUCCAGUCCGGAAGCGCGACAGGCCAGGCGGGCCGCGGCGGCGGCCAAGACCACCACCGAAGAAGAGGAGCCGGCCUCGACGUUUCGGCUCACGGACAACACCGAGGAGGCGACGCUGCACACCGCGGUGUUCCUGCCCAAGGCGCGAACGCGAACGCGCAGACCAUCCGAGAAAGGCCGUUGA